AACAUGAUUACAAAACCAAAACCACCCAUUAAUAAUAGUGAUAACCUAAAUAAAUAUAAUAAAAACCGCACUUAACAAAUGGUGCCGAAAGUAACAAACAAUUGCUAAUAUUUUAACAACAUAAUUAAAUAUAUGUACGAAUUUAUAUUCUGGAAAAGGUUUUUCUAAAUUUUAAUAUAUUAUAAAAUCUCAACAUAAAAAAAAAUAAUUACAUUCUUAAGCAUAUAAUUGCGAAAAAGGUCAGUCGACAUUAAAUCCAUUUGCAGCGAUUGUAAUUUAGAAAAAAUUUAAAGGACACAUAAGUGUAACACCAAAAAUCUAUAAAAAUUGCGAGUUUCGAGGUAAACAACAAUUAAAUAGCUCCACUACAUGGAAUCUUAAUUUACAAGGUUUCCAGUUUUGGAGUGUUUUCUUACCAAAUUGAAGAGGUGGCAUAUUUUUUUAGAAAAUCAAUAAAAUUUCUAUGGUUGCUAGAUUCUUAGCUACCAUAGAACACAAAUGAAAACUGGAGACAUUGUAACAGUGGCAGAAAAGAUAAAUAAUUUGCAUUUAGAAAUGAAGAAUAUAGAUGAAGUUGUUUUCUUAUUGAUGACAACUACUAAAUUUGAUUAUUAUUAUUUUUGAAGACAACAUGAUAAGACAACACACUUCGGCUCACUUUUACUAGCAUGGAGUCAAAACUUUUUAUUGACAUUUUUUUGUUAUAUUCUUUCUAAUACUGAAAUAAAAUCAGGAAAUUUUGUAUAUUAUGACCACUUUUCUGAAAGCUUCAGUGUAGAUCGUAGGCACAGCUUACAUAUAUCAGAUAAAAUACUUAAAACAAAACAAUUUUAAUCUCGCUUACUACAUAGACAUAACGUAAAUUAAAAUUACAAACACAAAACACAACGAACGUUUACUUAAAAUUGUGGAAGUCAAAAGCGCGAUACAUGCGCGACCGGUUUUUUAAUGUAUUAUCAUUUUAAUUAACACGCCAGGUGUGCGCUUUCGACUUCGAUUUCAAUUUGCGAAUUCGAAUCUUGUAAUAUACAAUCACAAUGCUGGUUACUUCCGAAGAAAAAAAAUCCUGUAAAGACCACAGAUAAAAAUAAGGUAUGUAUAGAACUUGACAGAAGCAAUACCAACUUUUAAAUUUAAAAUACUGGGAUUACUUAUAUUCAUAAAUGUUCUGUUCUCUAUGAACGUUGAAUAACAUUUCAUUAUCAUAGAAAAUUGUGAAAUGGUUAUCUCGUAGUUCACGUCCACGUUCCAAGUGAUGCCAAAGCUCUUAGAAAAAGACUGCACUUACUAAGUAGGAGGCCUCCAUAUCAGAAAUGUUGAAAAGUUAAAAUUGUAAUUAUAUUUAUAACAAACUAACGAAAAGCAUGGGCACUGGCAGCAGUCUUUUUGAAUAUUUAAUGAUACACUUUGUGUGAUACGUAACCUAUGGGAUCACCUUGUGAAUAUAUUAUAAUGGUUCAGACGAAAUUGUGAAAUGCAAAUGCACUUUACACUAACCUUUUAUAUCAAAAUAUACGGGAAAGUUUCAAACCUUUGCAGCUACGAACGUUUCCAAGAUCAAGAAUUUUUUAAAACAACAAAAAUAUUUGACUGAGGGACACCACUGCCCUAACGCUGCAAAGGGUUGAACUGUUCUGUUUAAUAUAUAUUUGAGAAGCGUGUUAUAUAAUGCCAACAGUAUUUAAACGUGUUACUGAUAUCGGAAAAAAAUUAUCAACGUGGUUUACAAUGCACGUUCUCUAAUUUAGAUCAUGAUAAAAACCUCUAUUACUAGUAAUCAUUCGGUGUCCACAUUCCCAAAAAAGUUAAAACGACCGGGAGAACUGGUUAAACAUAUGGAAGCCCCCGUCGAUUUUUGAGAAUGCGACAUACCUCGACUUUUCCUAAAACUUUUUGUUUCUUGCCGAUUUUGUCAACGCCGUUUGCGUUCUGAUAUCGGCCCGUUGAUAAGUCGGUCGUUUGGUGUCACGGAUCCGGUGCCAAAACACAUCAAAACCGCAAUCAACGUUAUUUAUAUAAUAUAUAUUUUAUUCUCUUCUAUAGCACUGGUCCGGCCAGUGCCGUGGUACAAAUUAAUGUCAAAGACCGUCGCUGCAGCAUUUGAGCGUUAUUUAAAUAUUAUAUGCAUGCUUUUAUAACAAUGUGUCCGUUUAACAUCACAGAUAGUUACUUAGUAAGAUGGCAACAUAACCUUACAAUCACACCAGUUCCGGCCCGAAGGUUGUCGCGGACAAAAUACACGCCGGAACCGCAGGCCCUUUGUCCUCCGUUUAAAAAACCCUUUUACUUGGACUAGUUUACAAUAACGGAUAUAAAAGUUUGUUAAUGAUCACUUGAUUCAGGUACUUGAUCUUACGACAUUUUCAAUAUAUAUUAUUUUAUUUCGGAUCGUUCGCGAAAAUAUCCCUAAAUACAGUCUCGAUAUUAUUAAAUGCUCAUCAUAUAUCCGGUCAUCGUUCGAAACGACCAGUUUAUGCUUAUUCUAUCACAGUAUUGCGUAGGUUUUACGGAUUCGUUUGUUUUGCGUAAACGCAACUUUCCGUGGCAACUUUUAACUGAAUGUUGUCAAAGUGCAAGUAGGCGUACCAACGUUUGCCUUCUACCACCAUAACGAACCAGAUCCUACCGUAUCGACUAUUAAUUAUCAUAUAGGUACUAAUUAUAUAGGAGCCCUGUUUGUGCUAAUAAUAGAGACACACCAUAAUAAAUUUAGACAAGGGGCAUUCUACAUGAGCAUGCGCGGUCAUUUCAAAUCUCGUUUUCAACCAAUAAGACCUGAGAUUUCAAACGAACUAAUACGAUCUUGCGACGGUCCACAUUCACCAUGGCCGCCGGGGCAAAAUAUGGUCCGAUCUCAUCCAAUUUUCAGAAUAAAAACUAGGUCAGAAAAUCGCUGCUUAGAAAGGAAAAGGUGCAAUGUACAAGUUAGUCGGGGAACAUCAUUCCCGUAUCCAUAGCCGUCUCAGAAGUAUCACUUUUACGUCACGGAAAGCUGCGUCCGCAAGAAGUUUCAACCGAACAUCGCCAGCACUGAACCCGGCCGCACCCCGUCCCCCGACGACUACCCCUAGUCACGCUGAUCUCAUUCAACUACCCCAGCCGGCACUAGCGGCGGCCAUGGUCAAUUCGAGGCGGGUACUGCGCCCCAGGACGGAACCCCGGAGUUACGUCGAGUCGCCAGACGCCAUCAUUAACGGCACCUUCGGCGGCAAACGCACAAACGGCUUGGGUAUAGAUUACGGGGGGGAGAGCGACUCCAGCGAUGGGGAGAUGCCCCCGCUUCCGCCACCCAUCAAGGAACUCACCCCGGCUGAGAUUAAACAAAGAGAGAGGGGCCUUCGAAGACUGAGGGAGGAACUGCGAGCCGAAGAAAUGAAACUCGUGCUGCUCAAAAAACUGAAACAAUCGCAACAGCUUAAGGAGAACAUGGCGGUGCAGCUUCCGCCGGGGGUGCCCCCUUCGGCGUUGCCCCCCGCCGGUCUCCCCAGCGGAUUAAGUAUUACCCCGACUGUCGUGAAGGUUCCUCCAGCAAAUGCCAAAGGCCAGUCGCCUCAAACGGCGCACACGCGGCAUGGUUCCACGCCCGGACUGCACCCCAAGUCGAGUCCGGGGGGCGUGCCUUCCCUUAUGAGAGGGCAAUUGGCCGCCCCUAGAACGACGAUUCAUCCGCCCCAGAUCACCGCGACCCCGAUCGGCAGCGGCAGGGCCGCCAACCUGUCAGUUCCUCAACCCCCUCAGCGUUCCUCGAUGGGCAGGCCGCCCUCCGGAUUUCCACCCGGCGUUAAAGAUCUGUCUCCGUCGGUGACUAUCACGCCGGCCCCGCCCCAAUCCGUCAAGCCGGUCAGCGUCGAUAAUAAACCAAUGGGCGGUAACAUGCAACAGAAUAUAAUGCCAGAGGAUCGGACAAGGGAAGAUAAUCAAACUCCGGCGCAGAGGCAAGCGGCUGCCAAACUGGCAUUAAGAAAACAACUGGAGAAAACACUCUUGCAGAUCCCGCCACCUAAACCGCCGCCCCCGGAGAUGCACUUCAUCCCGAACCCGAGCAACACAGAGUUCAUUUACCUGGUCGGUUUGGAACACGUGGUCGACUUCCUGACGAAGGAGACGAAGAUGCCCUUGCCGCCUGCACCAUUCUUGUGCAGCCAGUGCAACUCCGAUUUCACGCCGGUGUGGAAAUGGGAGAGCAAGGGUAAAUCGAAAGGUCUUAGGGUAAUUUGCGAGCAGUGUGUCACUAAUAACGUGAAGAAGGCGCUCAAGGCAGAACACACCAAUAGACUGAAAACCGCGUUCGUGAAGGCCCUGCAACAGGAGCAGGAAAUCGAACAGAGACUUGCGCAGAACGGCACCAUCUUCAGUACAUCGGGGAGCCCCGCCCAAUCGCCCGUCUCGUCGGAGCUGGCUCCGAAAUCGGUUACCCCCACUCCUGCGCCGAGGCACGCGGUCACCCCGCCCGCCCCACCGCCGCCCCAGCCGACUCCGCCUCCGCCGCCGCCACCGAGGGCCUCUCACGCCCCGCCCUCAGUGCAGGACAAGUACUCUUCUGCUCAAAGUGCGGCUGCGGUGCAAGCCUUGCAGCAGCAAUUGUUGAGAAGCUUAUCGUCCGGCGCACCUCCAGCACAUUUAAUGCAAUUUUCCCCAUUGUUCUACCCUUAUCAGUUGGCGAUGGCGCAGGCGCAGGCGGCCGCAAACAGCGGCAAGGGCGGCUCGACAUCUAACCUUGCCGAACAGAUGCAACGCGCUGCUGAUCUACAACGACAGUAUCUGUUAGAUAUGAUUCCUCCGGCGCCGGGCCAACGUCACAAUUGGAAAACAUGAUCCGGCACGAGUAGAUAGUAAGGAUUCGUUCGCUCUCACUAAUUAAUUGUGGCAGUUUUAAUUAUUGUAAAAUAAAACAAUGUAGCGAUUUAGUCGUAAAAAAAACAAUACCUAAAAGGGCGCGUGUUUUUUUUUUGUGAUCCGUCGCGGACUAUUUACAAUGAUCCUGCAAGGACGUCUUUGUAAAACUGUUUAAAUAAUUUUUAAUUGUAUAUAUCGCAGUAUUUACCUGGCGAUAGUUUUAUUCGCAAGUAAAAUAAAUGGUUGUAG